GCUGCAGACUGAAUGAAGAGAAAACACACUGAGCAGAGAGAAACGUCUGGAGAGCUUUUCUUUUUUGAAGAACGAAACGAGAUCAGUCACCAUGACAACCAAGCGUGGACUGAUAACGGAUUCAUUCAAGGUGGUGAAGAAAGCAAGGAAUGGGGUGAAACGAGAGAAGAGGCCCACUCCUCCUCCGCCGCCGCAGAAAGAGCCUGAAACUGAAACGGUCCGAGAGGAGGAGCUGCAGAGACUCACACACUUUGAUCUGAACUGGAGAUUUGGGCCGUGCACAGGUAUCAGCAGGCUGCAGAGAUGGGAGAGAGCAAAGCUUCAUGGUCUGAGCCCACCUGAGGAGAUCAGAGACCUGCUGCUGCAAACAAACACUGACCCCGAGUACAACCUGAGUCUGUGGAGUGAAUAUCCUUUGUGAAGAAGAAAGAGAAAAGAAUGCAAAUUCCAACAAAAGUCAAGUUAAUUAUGUAUCACCCCAAAUCACAAAUGUGUCUCUCAGAGGGAUUUACUUUUUAUUGUACUAGGUUGUCCUCUCCAUUAUUCACAUUUUUGAUUAAAAAAGAAUUCUACUAAAAAUACUGGCUUCUUCUAUCUUGUGAUGUAUAAUGGAGUGAGGGAUUACCUCGCUGUGAAAUGGUGAAAGAGACAUGAAUGACAAAGUGUUACACACUCAGAUCAUUUCCUACCCUCUGGGAUCUCCCAUGGGAUCUACACACUGACAUACAUUUGCCUCAGUCUUUUUAUAACUGUCCUAGCUUAUUAACACAGUCUCCCUCAACUCCAGGGGAUACAUGAGGUAGAGAAUGAGUGAGUGCAUGUGUUCUACAAUGCUACCAAGAGAUGGACGCAUUGGAAGAGUUCAGCAUUCAUGAAAAGUUAUUCUAUGUUAGAGGUUAAAGUGAUGGAAUACAGAAGGGGGGGUAUGGUUAUUGGAACAUGAAAUGAUAAUACACAUACAUGGCCCCGACUUCUUGUAAUAUAAAGGUCUCUCUUCAUGGAGCUAGUGUUUAUCCAUUGAGAAUGCAGUUGAAAAACAGAAUGUACUCUUCAAGUUUCACGGGAGACCUCAUGAAACCUUUUUUUUUUUUGUAUAAUGGGUUUUCUGAAAAUGUACAAAAAUGCAUACAAAUGAGGUUAUUAAAUGAGGAAUAAAACUGGAAGGUUUGGUGGGUCUAAAAGAGUCUAAAAAGACUCAUUCUGAGAAAAGGUUGUAAAAUUACAUACAUUUUGAAGAAACUACAGGUUAAUAGGAUAAACAAUUACCUAAUUAGAUAUCACCAUGUAACUUCACCAGUUAUUUACUUAGAUUAAGACAAUUCUUUUUUGUAUUACAAGUUUUCUGAGAUGUUAUGUUUAAAUAUGCAAAUGAGACAUUAUCUAAUGGAAAUGUACAGAAGCAAAUAAACUAAGUAAUAAAAUAAACACCUGGAUGUGUAUUUUGGAGGUUUU